AUGUCGACGGUGAAAGCGGUGGCAAUCAUCUCCGGCGCAGACAACAUCAAAGGCUACAUCAACUUCAUCCAACAGCCUGCUGGAAGUACCCAUAUCAAAGGAAGGAUUACUGGGCUGAGAACUGGCCUCCAUGGAUUUCACAUCCAUGCUCUCGGGGACACCACCAAUGGCUGCAAUUCCACUGGACCUCAUUUUAACCCAUUACAGAAGGAUCAUGGAUCUCCUUUAGAUGACGAGCGGCAUGCGGGUGACCUGGGAAACAUUGUGGCUGACUCAGAUGAAUUGUGCCCUACCAUUGUUUUCAUAAUUUUCUGUGAACAGAUUCCCUUAACUGGUCAGCAUUCCAUUUUGGGAAGAGCUGUUGUUGUGCAUGCUGAUCCCGAUGAUCUUGGGAAAGGUGGACAUGAACUCAGCAAGACAACUGGCAAUGCAGGUGCAAGAGUUGGAUGUGGUAUCAUUGGGCUUCAGUCGUCUGUUUAG